AUGAAGCUCACCGUCAUUGGCCGCUAUCAGAAUCCUCGCUGCUUCAAGUUGGCCGGGCGCCUUCCGUGCACUUACAAGGCCAACAAGAAGGAAUGGAUGACAUCGGAGAUGUUUCUCGAGUUCCUCACACACUUGGACCGCAAGAUGUCGAGCCAAAACAGGAACAUCCUUCUGCUUCUGGACCAGUGCGCCGCACACCCUAACCAUCUACAGCCGUUAGAUGCCGGCAUCAUACGGAAUGCCAAGCACUACUUCAAAAGACUUCUUAUGCGUCAUCUCUUGGCCAAAAUCGAACGCAAAGACGAUAACUUGCAGAUAAACCUUUUGGACGCGCUGCACUUCAUCGCCACGGCGUGGGAUCGUGUCACGCCCACAACUAUAGCGAACUGCUUUGGCAAAUGCGGCGUUCUGGAGUCUGCGGCGACAGCCUCGCCGGAGUCUGAGGACAACAUAGAGGAAUGGGAGCAACUUGGCCUAGAUUGUUCCGCAGACGACUUUGCGACGUGUGGACUGCGCACGAUCGACGAAAUAGUCAACGAAGCGGCGCCCUCACAUCCCGAAAUGGCGAGCAGCGAUGACGACGACGACUGCAGUUCCAGUGAGCAGCCCCCGUCGACGGCCGAAAUUAUGCAUGCCCUGGACAUUAUGAGGCGCAGCGUGGCAUCGGAGAGAGUUCGUGAAAGCACGUCAGCACAGUUCUUUACGUUCCAGGCUUCGUUGAUGGUCGACCUGGCGAAGAAGAAGGUCCAGAAGGACAUCCGGUACUUCUUCUCGCGUAAAUAA